AUGCCUCCCGGUGGUCUUUGGAAACCCUUCAUUAUUUCACAAAAUGUCCUUACAUCGCCUGACAACCAGUCUUCACCCCUCUUUCGCUUACCCCACGAACUCCUCCUCGAGAUAUUUCGGCUCUGCCGCCUGCCCGAUCAAAUCGCAUUCGCCAUCACUUGCAAACAUCUUCUUCACGUCAGCACGAUUGUCUCCUUGAAGGUGUCGCGUCGCGAAUGCCCCGACCUUCAGACGAUGGAGAAACUGCUCAAGGUCGUGCGACCCUUGAACAAAGCUGGACGUGUGAAGAAGACUUGGCUGAACUGCCUCGACUGCCUUCGUUGGCGGCCGCGGAAGAAGAGUUACUGGACCAAAAAGCUGCAACACUUGCCUUUUCGCGAUGAGAUGAGGGCAACAUGGAUGCCUUGGCUGGACGAAAACUCGGAUAAUAGAGUGCUACGCUGGAAUGAGAACUACUCGCUUCAGUGUCCGGAGUGCUGGUAUCAUGAGCAGGUGGAGAAGAUGUUGGAAUUCGUGCGCGCCCGGAAGCGAUGGCCAGAAUUUGAGAUCCCCUCGGCGGAGGUGUUGGAGGAGAAGAUGUGUUCCUGGAUCACGUCCCAACAUCGAUAUGGUGUUGAGUCUUCUGGAUUAGUUCGCCGACGCCCUUGA